GCGGCGGAGGCAGCACCGACCGCCCCCGGCCCGGCCAUGUCGGAGCCCGGCGCCCCCGCGGCCGGUGAUAAACCGCCCCGGCUCCAGGACCGCGUCCUUCGUGGGCUGCGCUGGGGUCGCCUCCAGGAGCCGCUGGGUUUCAUCAAGGUGCUGGAAUGGCUCUUUGCCAUCUUCGCCUUCGGCUCCUGCGGCUCCUUCAGCGGUGAGACCGGAGCCACAGUGAAAUGUGAAGGUGGAGGGAUGACAGCCAUCAGCAUCCAGUUCGGGUACCCCUUCAGGUUAUACCAGAUUCCCUUUGGGAUGCCCAACUGUGAGGAUGAAUCAGAAGCCCGCACCCUGUACCUCGUGGGCGAUUUCUCCGCUCCUGCCGAGUUUUUCGUGACCCUGGGGGUCUUCUCCUUCCUCUACUCCAUGGCUGCUCUGGUGCUCUACCUCCGCUUCCAUUCCCUGUACACGGAGAACACGAAGCUCCCGUUCACAGAUUUCUGUGUCACCGUCUGCUUUGCCUUCUUCUGGCUGGUGGCGGCGGCGGCGUGGGGCAAGGGGCUGAGCGACGUGAAGGCGGCCACGCGCCCCUCGGCCCUCAUCGCUGCCAUGGCCGUGUGCCAGGCCGACGGCGUGCUCUGCAACGCUGGCACCACGCCCGCCAUGGGGCUGGCCAACAUCUCGGUGCUCUUCGGGUUCCUCAACUUCCUGCUGUGGGCCGGGAACUGCUGGUUCGUGCUGCGGGAGACGCCGUGGCUGCGGCCGCCCGCGCCCCGCGACAGCGCGGCCGAGCAGGGCGCCAUCGACAAGCAGUGA